AUGGCCACUACAACGGUGAUGCUCAUGGUCUUCAUUGCCACCCCCACCCUGGCUAAUAUUCUGCUGCCGUCCAAUUUCUUCAACUCGAGGUCCGAGGAUAUUGUGUUCCAGCCGAACGGCGACCUCGAAGAAGUUCUUCCGCAAAAUUCCGCACCAAUCAGCUCCAUUCCUUUCAACACCAACAACGCUUUCCCACAGUAAGUAAUACGGUGACUCAACUACUGUAUCAUACAUGUUUUCAGACAGCACAACCGCAACUGCUUCUUCACCCCGGUCCAAUGUAUGCUCCCGCUCACCGAUUCUCACAAGGAUCUCCAAUCGCUUCACGGAGUCUACUCGCCCACCGCGCCGCACGUUCGCCAGAGUGUCGACAACAUGCUCACCUCGCCCUGGGGCUACACGGAUUUGAUCAAACGUGGCGGCGAUGACCGAUUCUAUCAAUGGUUGAGCAGAUUUUGA